GUGAGAGCAUCGCUGGCUGAAACAGACAACAUGUAAAGGCAGCAUGAAGGACGGCACGGCUCUAGCAGGCUCACAGCAGGUGCGAUAGGUGAAGCUGCACAUCACGGAGUACAGGCUGCUGCUCCACCAUGUCCACCGCAUCCGAUCAACUCACCGGCGAGACGGCUGUGUUGAUUUUGAAUCACACUGAAUGGAGAGCAUCUAAGUUAUUUUAAGAUGACACGAACGCAUCCCCCUGAUAUACUGGCAUCGACUCUAUAUCGGGACUUUACUCUAAAUCCCCUUACUGACCACUCCAUUUCUCUCCACUCCUCCCGGCAAUGUGACUUGAAAAUGAUCGACAAACCAGAAAUCAUCAACAAAAGACACUGCCGUAGCUUCGACUUCAUUGAGUCACUGGAUGACCCGCAGUCCUUCUCUUCCUCAAUGGAGUACCCUUACAAGAGGGCUGAGCAUCAGACAUUAAACAAAGAUCUAAUGUGGAAUGGACUAGAUCAGCCGGGUCACCUUCGCUUUUCGUCUCCUGAUCUGUUCAACACCAGGCAGUUCCAGCAGCACACCACCCAGGACAAAACCACCCAUCUUACAUGGUCAGAUUCUAAAAAGAGAACAAGAUCUAAAAGCACUCCAAGAAUUAAGGCCACCCUCACUCCUGUGCCCAUCUCAGUAUCUCCUCCAGGAGCCAGAAAGGGCAGGGAUGCGCCUCAAACUGCGUCAGAUACCUUGAGGACUUCUGAAACACAUCGAGAAUCCUACUCAAACAGGGCUUUUUUGAAUGAUGUGCAUCCUAUCAAACUGCAGCCUCAUUCUCCCCUCUAUGUCUCAGACUGUUUUGAGGAGGAUAAACCAGAUAAACCAGCCCUAACCCCUCAUGUUAGGUGCCGUGUGGACAUUAAACCAGAUGCGGCUGUACUGCAGCAUACAUCUAGGCAGGUUCCCAAUGUACGACCCGAGCAUCUUUGGCAGAGAUACUCCCAGGCCAGUAGCAGUAGAGGUUUGUAUGUACCACGACAGAUUGUCUCCUCACCAACGCCCACUCCAAGUGAAUGCUACAGUGGCGAUUUUAGACAAGGAUACCACUAUACCACCAGCAUGUCUCCCAUCUCUUACCAGCAUCUAGACAUGCACAGAAUGCCAUCACCAACAGCACCAUAUCUGAGCCAAGAACAAAGAGCUUACUCAAAUCCUAACAUACCAACCAAGUUUUUCUAUACAGAGGACCCUGUUCGGUAUCCAGUCCAUCCCUAUUCUAGAACAUACUUUCAGGAUGAUCGGUCCAGUUUAACCAGCCAUGGUAGUACAAUGACUAGUCAGUAUGAUCCAAGGACUCGUUGGGUGCACACCCUUCCUGUCAGGUCGUAUUACACAGACCAUCUUUCCAACAGAGAGCCAGCACACUCUGUCUAUAGUAGGCCUUACUCCACAAGUGAGGCAGGUUCAUACUUUUCGCAAUCUCCACUGUCUAGAUUGUACUAUGGAGAGGACAACCGCUUCAAUCCUUACCACACGAGUAACUCAAGGUUGUUUUACCCCAAACCGUACAGCUCUCCUGAGGAGCAGUACCUUCCAUCAAGGCCAUAUCAUACAGAGGGUCGCAGACGCCCUCGCAUGUCCCAGGCCUUUUCAGAUGACUGGUAUCGCUCAAGUAUAUCUGGUUACUCUAACCAGUCCUCUCAGCACACACCACUAAGAGUAAGACAAGACCCCACUAUACCCCCUUGGUUUACUAACAGCUGUGUGGAAACAAGUCGACUAGGAGCAGAGGUCAAAAACCACUCCAAGUCUUGGGACAAUAUUCUAUAUCCACGGCAUGACAGAGAGCAAUCGGUGCCUCGUGGACGAAGCUAUGAAAACCUGUUUUACCAAGCAAGGCAUGGAGCAUCCUCUGAUGUUACAUCUCAACCUGUUAUACUUAACCUGUCAAGUUCACCAAGGCGCUACGCUGCCCUUUCGCUCUCUGAAAACUCAUUAGAGAGGGGCUCAAGCAAUCCGUGGAGGAAUACCAAGAGUGGGCACUGGUUUGUAACUCCUGAGAUCACCAUAACGGAUAAUGACAUAUGCGCCGGCAACAGUAAACGCCGGGAUGUGCACUCUGUCAGCUGGGAUAUGCCGGAUGGUGAAAAGACACCAUCUCCGAGAGUAAUGCAUCAAAAGCAACCAUCCAACACAUCGGACAUAACCAAAGACAGGAAACACAACAACUUCUCCCUCCAGCAGAGUCUAGAGCAACUGGACGAACUCUUAGCGGAUUUGGUUGUUGAUUACAAACCACCAACUAGCAGAAAGUCAAGUGAAAACCUUCUAGACCAGCUAAAACAACUAAUUACUGAAGAUGAUGACAAAGACAGAGGAUCUUCUGGACUUGAAAACUUGGGAUGUCUGAACGCACAGCUCCCUUCCUCUAAAUCCAGUCCAGACACAAUCAAAGACCCUGAUAGUGGGUGUGAUGCUUUACAAAGGAGUGCUGAAGAAUGUUCUCCAGACCACAGCACAGAUGAAGAUGACACUAUGGUGUGUGCUAACAAGAAGUGCAACCGGAUUGAGAGUAUGUUCAAUGCCUGCUUGUACUUCAAAUCAUGUCACAGUUGCUACACAUUUUACUGCUCACGUAACUGUCGCAGGGAUGACUGGGAGACCCAUAAAGAGACCUGUCUGUAUGGUCGUGUGAACAGUGUGUGUCGACACACUCUUAAGUUUUGCAGAGAGAAUUCAGAGAUCCACAAAGCCUUCUCUCGCGUUGCUAAAGCUGGCUACCUCUCCAGAGGGAGAGGCAUUCUUUUUCUGGGUUUUGCUAAUCCAGAGACAGCUGAAAACUUUCUGGAAGUUGGGCUCGAGAGCCUCCUCAUGUCUCCCACAUACUUAUCUCUCAGAGAGCUGGAUGGCUUCAAGGACAACCUAGGUGAAUACUGCAAGGAACUGCAGCUAGCAGGCAACGAGUAUGACCCCAAUGAAUGUUUCCUUCUGAAUGUAUCCGUAGCUGUUGGUGAACUAGUGCCUAACAGACCUUCACCAAGAGUCCAAACACCAACAGUUCGAAAAUAUGCAAAGGUGUCCUUGGCCUCUUCAAGUCCUGACAAAAAGGUACUCAAGAAGGAUAGUGAAAUGGAAACUCUCAUCCUCACUCCGCCUCCAGGCACACCAGACAUUGACAAGGAGGGGGAGGAAGGAAGAAAAGCCAGAGAGGUGUGCUUUGUCAACAUCCAGCGUGAGCUCAGGACCAGGGGAGUCUUCCUUCGUCACGAGUACCCCAAAAUCUAUAAUCAGCUGUGUGAGUUUGUGGAGAGCAACAAAGGGUUCACUCCAACCACAAUUUACCCAAUAGAUAAGAGAACAGGGAAACAGUUCAUGUGCAUGAUCAUGGCUGCAUCUGAGCCAAGAACACUGGACUGGGUGGGUACUCCUCAUCUCUUGGAUGAUAUUAUAUAGUAUAGCACUAAAUAGUAAUUAUAAUGAUGUCAACUACACUAAAUGUACAUACUGUAAAUACAUGGUGUGGUUUAGCAAAUUGAACAUUGGUAUGGAAAUUUGUGUAUAUAUGUGACCAAUCUCUUUCUCUCUCUCUUUCUCUUAUUUCUCUCUGUUGCCACACACACACACACAC